AUGACCAGCGGUUUGAUGCGGCGCUUCUCGACUUUUGCCCGCCCGCGACUUUCCACUUUGCACGUUGAAAGAUCGCUCACAGCGCCCCGGAUCCUAGGGCUCAAGCAGUACAAGCGCACCAUUACCGACGUCGGCGUUAGGCAAGCAUCAGUCUCACGGCACUGGUUUACGAGCUCGUCGCCAUGCUCAUAUCCGGAGCUCGAUGAGUGCGAGAAGGCGCGCUCGAACGAGCGCAACUUGAAGCUGGGAAACACUAUAAGAGUGCUACAUGAUCGCCUCCCAACGCUGCUAAUAUCGCCGCUACCUCAAGACAUUCUCUCGCCACACAUAAGCCUCCACCUCUUCCCCUCGACGCACCCGCACUUGCCCACGGUAAGCGGGAAACUUUCAUAUGCAGCUGCGCUAUGGACGGCACCAGUAGCAUGGGGCCAGAUGCCUGUACUUGGCAAUGUGAAGCUCAAGAUAUUAUCUGAGCGCAUGAUCAAGAACGGGACAUCACCGUCUGCAAGCAAUAUACGCAACGAAAAGUUGAUUGUCAAAUGGCAAACAUGCAAGUCUGAAAAGGAAAGCGGACAGGUCAGCGACGUGGUGUCAAAGAUUACAAGUAUUGUCGGGGGCUCGAAACGACCACAGCAGGAGUUUACCGGGCUGUUCAAGUUCGAGUUUGACGAGGAAGGACGGAUUCUAAACCACAUUAUCGAGCAUACAGAGGAGGGCCAGCAUUGGGAUAGAACGGCAAAGGUCAUUAGCGUCACGGACUGGCUGCUAGGACGGGCGUGGGGGAGGCGCGAAGAGGCCAGCCCUACUCUGGCGUUUGCCAAGUGCUGGCGGGAGAAGAACGAUAGAGGGCGCACCGAGCGGCGAUGA